AUGAAAGUUGUUUAUAUCAUUCGAAAAUUAACAGUUAACUUUAUUUUUCAAUUAUUUGUUAAUUCCAUAACACUAUGUGCUACAUACGGACAGAUUCAAAUGGAGUUAACCGAUUCGAAUGGAAUGAAUUCUGGGAUGGGAUAUACUAAUGUCGUGCCUGGUGAUUCUAUUCAAGUUACUCAAAUGGGUCCAAAUGCAAUAGCUGCAUCUGAUUCAUCUCAAGUACCAACACCUGUUCAAAGUACAGUUUCUCCAGCAUCUUCAGUUGUUGGAAUCUUCCCAUCAUAUCGUCCACAAUAUGGAUUUCCAGGUUAUUUUCCUACUGUUUCCCCUGGGAAAGGAAUUGUACCCGGUAUCAGCUCACCAUCAGACAACAUAAUUGUUGCUUCUUUCCCUGGGGGUACUCCAUCUGUCACACAGCCAGGAAAUGUUGGAUUCCCAGGUGGAGCUUUACCAGUUACACCAGGUGUAAAAUCAGGGUCUUCAGUUUCUCCAACUGCCACACUUACUCAGCAAACUGUAGAAUCUGUCCUGUCAUACUUAGCCUUACAUCAUCCGGAAAUAUUUCGUAAAUAUUUAUAUCCUAAGCCCUAUCAAAGGCCGUACAUCGGCGGUGUAAAAUCUGUUGGUUCUUUUUGCACUUCUAUUUAUCAAGUUAGUCAGUCCUAG